AUGAGCGAGAACCCCGCCGCGGCCCCCAAGAAUGAGGGAAAUAUUGCCGAGACCGCGGAGGUGAAGAAGGAACCCAAUGAAGCCGUUGAAUACGAUGAUUUUGGCCUGCCUAUACGGAAGAGGCGGCCCCGGACGCCCGUGGAAGACAGUUCCGACUCGGAAGGGGAGAAGUUUGAGGAUGCCGUAGCCUCUACAGCGGCGCGUCCAAAGGAGGUCACGGUACCAGCACACGAAAAGGACGAAGCCAAGGCCGACAGUACAGUGGAGAAGCUUCCUGAGGUCGCACCUGAGGUUACUGCGAAGGAAAGCGAUGCGACACCGCAAGUCAAUGGGCAGGCGAAGGAGCCCGCGGAGGACCCCGACCCCAAGGCACCCGAAGACAAGCCUGUAGAAACGAAGCAAGACACACCCGAACCUACAAAGCCUCCCGAGACCACAGAAACACGCACAAGCACGACUGCCGCGCCUUCACUUCCCCACCAAACGAGCGUUCCGACCGUAUCCGAGUAUUCACAUCAGCAUGCAGUCAUACAAUCACAAAGAGAAGUCAAGGAGGAGAAGAAGGAAGAGGACGACGGCGAGUGGCAGACUAUGCCCGCAUACGCUCGAUACGACAUGUACGAUGACGACAACAGGCUCAUUGCGAAGGAGAACAUGGAAGAGCUGGAAGACAUGCACGGCUAUGCCAACGUCGGAGGCGCCGCCAAAGGAUACACCAGAGUCAUCAUGGACGACGAUGCUGACUCGCAAACGAGCAUGGACGACAACACCGCCUAUCUGUUCAAGGAGAGGAGUACUGCACUAGCCGACGAAGACGAAGAAGGUCGGGAUCCGCUCUCGCAAAUGCAGGCGACCAAGAACCUCCUCACCGAAGGACAGCGUGUCGCAUACGUCGGACUGGUACGAUUGGCCAUGGUGGAGAUGGAACGGAAGUUCUCCAACUUCGAAACGACCAACAAGAAGAUGAAGAAGCUGCUCGAGCUACAGUCAGGAACGACAAAGAUGUGGGCACAGAAGAUCAUGGUCAAGAUUUACGGGCACAUGGACAUCAACGCCUCUGAGCAGAUCAUGAUUGAGCAAUUGUCUGAACACGGCGUGGUUCCUGGAGACCUUACACCAGCACUGAUGCAGAAUGCUCGAGUAAAGAAUCCCGCAGCGGAAGAUGCGGACACGGUAAACGAAUCAGACUCUGCCAGACCGUCUAUAUCGUCACCGCGCUCCGAAUCACCCGCAGAGAAGUCAAAACUGAAGAGGGUUUCGACGAUGGGGUCGCAAGACGACUUGCAAAUACCGCCUCCCCCGCCGUACCAGGAACAUCAAGAUGACGAUUUUGAUUAUCCAGAAGUUAGGUCGCCAUCACAACUUCCCACUAGUAAGAACCUGGAUAUCGAUUUGCGGUGGACCGUCUUGUGCGAUUUGUUCUUGGUACUCAUCGCCGACUCUGUCUAUGACUCACGUUCACGAGAGCUGUUUCAGCAAGUGGGGCAAUAUCUCAGCGUAGACUGGCUGGAAGCUUGUCGCUUCGAAAAGCGUGUCACCGAUGCUUUGGAGAUGCAGGAACAAGCAGACAAAGAGAACUGGAACGAGGAUGAACACAUGGUCAGCCGAGCUAAGCGAGCACGCAACAAGCGAUUGGCAUUCAUGGGUCUUGCAACUGUUGGCGGUGGUCUUGUCAUUGGAUUGUCUGCUGGACUUCUUGCUCCAGUCAUUGGUGCCGGUCUCGCUGCGGGCUUUACGACAAUUGGUGUGGCAGGUACGAGUAGUUUCCUAGCUGGUGCUGGCGGUGCCGCUAUCAUUACAUCGACUGGCGUAGUCACGGGUAGUACUGUCGGCGUACGAGCCAUGAACAGGCGAACAGGUGCUGUCAAGACGUUCGAGUACCGUCCGCUUCACAACAACAAGAGAACGCAUCUCAUCAUUACGUUGGCAGGAUGGAUGAACGGAAAGGUUGACGAUGUCCGUCUUCCGUACAGUACGGUCGAUCCAAUCAUGGGCGAUAUAUAUUCCGUGCUAUGGGAACCUGAGAUGCUGAGGAGUAUGGGUGACACAAUCAACAUUCUUGCCACCGAAGCUCUCACACAAGGUCUCCAACAAGUCUUGGGAAGUACCGUCCUUACAGCUCUCAUGGCCGCCAUGACACUUCCCCUGGCUUUGACCAAGCUUUCUUACCUUAUCGAUAAUCCGUGGAUCGUUUCGCAAGCACGAGCAGACAUGGCCGGAUUGAUUCUUGCAGACUCACUCAUCGAUCGCAACCUCGGGACACGACCUGUCACUCUUGUCGGUUUCUCGUUAGGCUCAAGAGUCAUCUUCUCCUGUCUGAAAGAACUUGCGAAUCGAGGGGCGUUUGGUAUUGUGCAGAACGUCUAUAUGUUCGGUACACCGGCAGUAGCCAAGCAUGAUGAGUACAUCAGGGCAAGAUCUGUCGUACCGGGAAGGUUUGUCAAUGGGUAUGCUACCAAUGACUGGAUCUUGGGCUACCUUUUCCGUGCUACCAGUGGUGGUGUAAUGCGCGUAGCUGGUCUCGCGCCUGUCCAGAUCCCAACCAUCGAGAACGUUAACGUGACCGAGUUGGUCCCCGGCCAUAUGGCCUACCGUGCCGCCAUGCCCAAGCUACUCCGCGAGGUUGGCUGGCUAGUGGAAUCCGACGAAUUUGCCGAGAUCGAAGAUCCAGACCCGGAGAACCACGAGAUCCGCCAGCGUGAGCUUAUCAACGAGAUCGAAGAAGCGCGAAAAGACCUGGAGAAGAAGGCACAAGAGAAGGAGAAGAAAGGCGGCAAACUCAGCUGGUGGAAGAAGAAGAAGGCCGACAAGAAAGACUGGGAAGUCUACGACGAACACUCCACUGCCGCUCCACCAGGCCACCGGAAGCUAGACGUAGACCAAGACCCAGCGAAACUCGCAGAGAACCAGGUCAUGUUCGACAUCGACGCAAUCAGAAAGGAAGUAGCAACCCUAGCCGCCGAAAGCAAAGAAUACAACGCCGAAGCCGAAUUCGAGAUCAAAGAGAUCAAAAGCACGCUCCCACCCAUGAAGAUCGACAUCGCAACCGUAUCCCCAUCCCAGACAACAAGUCCGUACUCGACGCUUAGGGAAACGAAGAGCUACAACGACAGUCUAGGUAUACCAAGCACAGAUGCCAAGAAACCUUCUUCCUCUUCUCCGUCCAACGGCCACUACGACGAAUACGACGAAUUCGAUGACCCCGGCGCGGGUCAAAUGGAAAUGACAUUCGACACCUCGUUCCGCGACCCCCCUUCCUCCGCUACAACACCGAAUAAAUACCCCCUCCCCGCAUCACCCUUACCCUUGCAACCAAGUCGCUCUGGCACAUCCUCGCCUUGGGACUCGGGCACACCCAGUAAAAACAACUCUGGUACUGCUCAGCCUUGGAGUGCAGAUCCUGGUCAGCCGUCUUGGGACGAUGCUGCAGGCCCUGCUGAACGUCCUCCGUUGCGCUCGGCGAAAACGGAAUCGCAUGCGAGUAGUCUGGGUCCUACUGCGCAGUCCACGGGUGAUCUAGGACAUAAUGCUUGGGCUGAUGAGUUUGAGGAUGAUUUUGGGCAGGAGAAGGAGGUUAAGAUGAGUUUUAUGUGA